GUUGUACUAAAAGUUUAAUUACUUCGAAAAAAAUCUCUUGUAUUACUCUAAUUAUUUUCAUGCUCCUAAAUCCUUACUUAAAUUCAUUAAACUCUAAAUAAAACUCUGAAAAAAACCUGUUAAUAUCUUUUACCCUUUUGAAAUUUAUUACCUCCGUUCCAGUGUAUUUAUCCGGUUUGACUUUUUUGUGUCAAACUGAACGUAUUUUGAACUCCAAUUACUCUCAAUUUAUAUUGCAUAUUAUCAUAAUGAAGUACAAUUUUAAAAAUUCACAAUAUGAUAAAUCCAAUAAAGUAAUUUCUAUGUUAAAAUAUAUUACGAUUUUUAUUUAAUUGAAGCUCAAAGUUUGACUCGAAAAAGUCAAAAUAGACAGGGAAUGACUUUCACAACUUUUUUCAGAAAAUGACAUGUAUUUUUCAAAAAACUAUACUAGAAAAUGCUGCUCCGUAAUUAAAAUUAAAAUAUGAAUUUCUAAAACUAUUACGACACAACCAUUACAAAACUCUUACUAAUAUACGAAGCUAAGCCUCCAAAAAGUAUCUCAGUUUGUUUCAAAAAUUAGAAGUCUGAUGGUCACACAUAAAAAUGUCAUAAUUUAAUUAAAAACCUAACAUUAAUUAUAUCUAAUGUUUUUUAAGUAUCUCAAACAAGUUAAAUACCUUAAAAUUUAGUUUCACAUCUAAUAUACGAAUUAAUGAAUAAAAUAUCACGAGGAAUAAAAAAAUUUAGCAUCCACCUUGAUUAAAAGAUUUAAAUUGCUUACCUAGAAAUCAGAAUUGAUGUUCGAAUUCAACAGAAGAAGAGACUCCACGCAAGUAAGAGUGAUGGAAGCAUGAAGAAGAUAGAGAUGGGAAAUCCGUUUUUGAAGGAGACUUGGGAGAACAAGUAAUCAAAAAUUUUUGGGGGAAUAUUUUGAUUAUUUUCAAGCUAUUGAUUUAGAAAGAGGAUAAUAUGAGUGGAGGGGAGAAGAUAAGAGAGCAGUAUAAAAAGGGAUAAAAUGAUCUCUACAAUAAAAAUGGGGUGGCAUUAGUUAAAGUUGGGGUGGAUAUAUAUAGCCCCAACCAAAAAUUAUUAGCAUGCCAAAUAACAUCAAAGAUUUAAAAGCACUGACCGAAAGGAUAUAAUUGAUCUGAAAUAUCUUACAAUUUGGAGAAAUGAAUGGAAAAAAACCAAAUUCUAAACAUAUAUUGGGGAGGAGAAAUUAUUCAAAGUAAUGGAGAUAUUUCCUACACAAGGGAAUAUCAAAAAACUUUGAUUGUUAAUUCGAGUAUGUCUUGGGAAAAUAUUCGCCAAGAAAUUCAAUCACAUUAUACUGCAGCUGGUUACGGGAUUUUAUCCAAGAUAUCUGGAAAAUUUCCUUACUCCGUCCCUGGUAUCAGUUCGAUGAAAUUGAUGGGCAUCGACAGUGAUAGGUUAUGGGAAAUAUUUUUCCAAAAGGCCAUUCCCUUGGGUUUACUAGAAGUAUACAUCGACAGUGAUCGUGCGGGUGGAGAUGAGGCCGGUCCAUCGAGACGUGUUGAUCGUGUUCGUUCGCGGGGGGAGACGAUUGCAGAUGAAGUUAUUGACAACCCUGACUCUGAUGAUGAUGAGGAGUACAUUCCUUCGAACGACGACAUUGACACAGAAGAACAUUGGAUCCAUGAAAUGCAAGCUGAAGCUGGUGAAAGGGGAAUUUCUUACAAGUCUAAUGGCCCUCUUGCAGUAGGAACUGUAGUCGAUGUUGUCUAUGCAACUGAACCGCCAAACCUUAAUGUCACGUCUGAAGAGACCCUGCGCUUUAAGUAUGCAUUUUGGGCUUUCGCCGCGGCAAUACAUGGAUUAGAAUACUGCAUGCCUAGAGUGACAGUGGACGGAACUCAUUUGUACGGAAAGUAUAAGGGUCAUCUCCUUCUUGCGGUUGCCAUGAAUGGCCUAAAUAUAGUCAUGUGUGAUCUUGUUUGAUUUGUCUUAACAUAUAGAUUAUUAAUAUAUAAUUUCUAUAAUUUUUUAAUAUACAAAUUACAAGAUAAAAUGGAUUAAAGAAGUGUAUUGGAU